GGAAGAGGGAAGAAGGCGCUGAGGACCGCGCACGCCCAGCCCAGCUGCUGACUUCACCACCUCACCGAGACCCACUCCGCUGGCCAGCACGCUACACUGACAGGAUCCUGGCUGCACCCACUGUGAUCUCUUUGAACUAGGAUAGCCCGCGCUCACUGUUUCCCUGAAGAUGGAAGAAAUCCCACCCACCCACUACGCUGCGUCCAGGGCUGCCUCGGUGGCAGAGAACUGUAUAAAUUAUCAGCAAGGGACCCCCAACAAGGUAUUCAAGGUGCAGACGGUCCAGCAGGCAAGCAAGGAGGAUAUCCCAGGAAGAGGCCACAAGUACCAUCUGAAGUUUUCUGUGGAAGAAAUUAUCCAAAAACAAGUUACAGUGAGCUGCACGGCUGAAGUUCUUUACCCUCGAAUGGGACAAGGCUCUGCACCGGAAGUCAACUUCACAUUUGAAGGAGAAAUCGGCAAGAACCCAGAUGAGGAAGACAACACGUUUUAUCAAAGACUCAUGUCCAUGAAGGAACCACUACAAGCACAAAAUAUUCCAGACAAUUUUGGAAAUGUGUCUCCACAAAUGAAGCCGGUCCACCACUUAGCCUGGGUCGCCUGUGGUUAUGUAAUGUGGCAGAACUCGACUGAAGACACAUGGUAUAAAAUGGCAAAGAUUCAAACGGUCAAGCAAGUGCAAAGAAACGAUGACUUCAUUGAGUUAGACUACACCGUCCUACUCCACGACGUUGCAUCGCAGGAGAUUAUCCCCUGGCAAAUGCAAGUUCUGUGGCACCCACAAUACGGCACAAAAGUAAAGCACAACAGCCGCCUCCCAAAGGAAGCACCAGCGGAGUAAACAAGACCCCAACUCGGAGACAGCCGUCAACAUGCCCCUUAACCAUGAGUAUGACUGUCCUCACUGGCACCUAGCUAACAGGCCAAGUGAAUCCCACAGUGUCGCUCUGUAUGUCUUGGCUACAGGACCGAGCUGCAUAGAUUCCACAAUAAAGAGUAGACUACAUGAAAGUGUCUUUCCAAUAGUAAUGGUACUAUGGCUAUCCACUAAUAAAGUCAACUUCAGCCUCACA